AUGCCCGUGGACCUGGCCGUGCGGGUCUGCCUGAGCCACUCACCCCCCAUCUGCAAGCUGCUGAACUCCUACGACGAGCUGCGGGUCAGCCGGGGGCGCAAACCCCUCAGAUCCUGUCUCAACCAAAGGCUGAGCACAGAACCUGAACCUGAGCGGCGGGACAGCACCAAGAGCUCCAAGGGCCAGAAGAAGAAGAGGGUUGUGUUCGCUGACAUGAAGGGGCUCUCGCUGACAGCUGUCCGCUUCUUCUCAAAGAUCGAGGAGGACCUCUGCGACUUGCAGCAUGCCCUGUCUGACCUUGCCUGCUUCCGACCCAGGCUGCGGAGCUCCUGCCGAGAGGUGUGCAGGUAUGUGCUGGACUUUCCACAGCCCUCUGUGGACUACGUGACUUUCCGCAGCCGCCUGCACAGCAACCUUGUCUGCUUGGAGAACUGCCUGAUCCAGGACCGUGCCCUGUCCGGGACAGUGAAGGUCAGAAACAUUGAGUAUGAGAAGAAAGUGAUGGUCCGCAUCACCUUUGAUGGCUGGAAGAGCUUCCGAGAUAUCUCCUGCCAGUAUAUGCACAGCACGUAUGGCUCAGCUGACACAGACACUUUCUCCUUUGAGCUUGCCCUGCCCAAGCCAUCUGUCUCUUGCAGGGCCACAGAGUUCUGCAUCUCCUUCCAGUGCAGACAGAAGACCCACUGGGACAACAACCACGGGAGGAACUACAGGAUCUGCCCUGUGGGCGUGACCCGCCCUCCCUCCCGCGCCGUGAAGAGUGCCAGCAGUGCCUGGGAGCACCUCGGCACCUCUCGAGCUGCUGCCCUGGUCCUCUCUCACCUGCAGACCUGGCGCCGCACGGAGGCCCAGGCUCCCUACUGGUAGGACAGCAGUGUGUGCAGAGGUUGUAGGUCCCUUCCCUGUCCCCGCUGUGGUACAGGGGCUGUGGGGAGGGGUCAGCCGCAGAAGGUGCUGCUCCCAGUUUGUUGGCUUCUCCAUGUGUCCAACCUGCUGCUGUACAAGCGGCUGCCACUCUCCAUGGAAGCUCCUUCACCGCUGGCUGGAAGCUGCCGCUCAGCGUGACUCAAGGUGACACUGACCCGAGAGGGACGGAGGAACAGCUGCAGCCCCCGGGCUGUCUGUCAGGCGCUUCGGGUGGAACCAGCGUGUGAGCAGCCGGGUCCCAGUGCUGGCCAAGUGCCUUGUGCAGAGCUGCUGGGCAGGGGCUGCGCUCCCCGUGUGACAGCGGCGCAGCAGCCGCCGGCGGGUCCCGCGGGGGUUCCGGGCCGGGGCCGCCCCGGGCGCGGUGCGUGUAACGGGGGUUAAUAAAGUGACUUGGCGACCGCG